UAGUGAAAUGGCGCAUGCGGAAUGUGUCGCAGUUUUAAGCUAAACGACAACAAAUAAAAGGCAUAUUAAACAUCCAGCCGCCGUUAAAAAUAUAAAAGAAGAAUAAUCAUAUUAAAAAAAUAAUUUCUUAACGUUAUAUUGUCAGGUUUAGAAAGGGAUGAUUUUAGUUUUCUACGCAGUAAAUAUCAUACUUUGUUCUUAUCUACCGCUGCAUAAGGUUAUAAUUUAAAGAGUGCAACGUUAGCCUAACAUAUGGGCAUCUUUGACAUACAUUGCUCAUAUAUGCUGGACGGCUGAAGUCAUAAGAUACGUAGUCAUUUUCGUCUGACCACAAAAGAGGAAAGUCUGUGACGAAGAAAAGCCUGUUUCCUGUUUGGCAGAGUUUACGAAACCGUCCCAUCUCAGCACAGUACAGCACAACAACAACAAAUCAUCUCAACUCCUAAUAAUCCUAUGGCGGACUUGGACAAGUCAGGGUUUUCGCAGCCUAACGCACCACCACCACCACCAUACCAGGAUCCCUCUCCGUAUCCAAACACUGGAUAUCCUCCUCCAGGGAACACUUUUGUCUAUCAGCCAUAUGGAGCUCCAGUCGGCCCAUAUCCUUAUCCUGGAUAUCAUGCAGUCGCUGUACAGCCGACGGUUUUUGUGACCGCCGCUCCGCUGGUCAGUCCUCUGCCAGAUUACCUGGGUUACUCCAUCUUUACCAUGCUUUGCUGUUGUUUACCUCUGGGCAUUGCUGCUCUCGUUUACUCCAUCUCUACUCGGAAUGCUAACAUGUCCGGACAACCGCAGAUGGCAGAGAGGAGUUCCAAAAUGGCUCUCACCCUUAACCAUGUCGCUCUUGGUAUCGGCCUUACCUUCAUUGUCUUGUAUAUCGUCCUCAUCAAUGUCACCGCUCAUUAACAUAUUUCAAUAAUUAUCCGAGACAUUAUGGUUGGAUUGCAAUAAUUUAACAAAUAUUAUCAUAUACAAAUGCUUCUUAUGUUGUUGUUUUUCGUUUUUCUAACAUGUCUGGUACUCUGCUUUAAAAUCUGCUCACCCUUGCUCAGAUUAUAAAGAUAUGACACUUUCUAAACUUUACAAUAACGAAGCGUUUCACAUGUUUAAUCAAUUAUAAAGCUUCUUAGCUUUGACCUGCACUAUAAAAAGUGACAAAAAGUGAAUUUGAAUUUGUAACUAUCUAAAAAAAAAACAUUAAAAAUUAACAUUUUCUCCUAGUUGAUAAAACAAACAUUUGUAGGUGUUACCAAUUGGAGUAAUUUUAUAAGUUGGUCCAACUUUCACUCUUUACCCUUCACUUUAGGUUUUGAAGUCUCUGUUGACAAGGUGCAUGUGUUAGAUAACAGAGACAUGUUGAAUGCGUUGUGGGCACCAGGACGGGGUUGACAAUUAUAAAUGUAUAUCACUAGCAUUAUUAUUCACUUAAAGUGCUUAAUUAUUUAAAAUUAUAUUAUAAAAUGAAUGAGCUGUAAAUGUCAAAGUUAAGGCAUAUGCUGUUUUCAUUUGUGUGUUAAUAAAAGUUUGACCCACUGAAAA